UUGCCGUCAACUUCUGAAACACCGAGCCGCCACACCGGUGACUACUCGGCUUCGGAUGAGUUAGUUGUUAUGCCUUACGCCAAGUUGUUGUCGAGUGUGAGUGGUGAUCAAGCGUCAAAGCUGAGGGAGUUGGAGAGAGAGUAUGAAGAGGUUUUGGAUGAGAAUUGUAGGAUUCUUGCUGUGUAUUUUAAAGAGGUUUUGGUGAAUAAAGACGAAGAAUCAACAAUUAGUCCACCGUUGUUGAUAUUGAAGAGUGCCGUAGAAGGUGGCCGUGGCAACGAUGGUGGAGAGGACAGAAAGGAGGAAAUGCAAAUGCCUGUGUUGAAGAACGGACGGUAUAAUCCAAUAUGGUCCGAAAGGGAUACGUCUAUUGAAUACUUGAGCAGCAGUUCCAGCAAUAGGUCCUCCCAGGCACCAUUAUAUCCUCAAAGAGUCUCUUCUGGAGUCCUCAAUCCCCGAAAAUCUUCAAAUUAUUGGACAACACCGGUCUAUUUAAACUCAGCCACCGAAACUCAAUUUUCUUUGGAUAAGAAUUCACUUUGUUCUUCUUCGGAUUCUGAAGCUGAAAAUGAGGAAAAAGACAAAAAUAUAGCAUUGUUGGAGCCUCAACAAAGCCAAACCCAGGAACAAAUGCAAGCUAUCUUCAAAGAAUCCAGGGGCUCCCCAGAUUAUCCAAUGGCAGACUAUGAAAUCACACCCCCACAUGGAAGUGAGAAGCAAACACCUCCUAAAGACUUUGUCUGUCCAAUAACCAGUAACAUAUUUGAUGAUCCAGUGACUCUUGAGACUGGUCAGACAUAUGAACGUAAAGCUAUUGAGGAAUGGUUCAAUAGAGGGAACACAGCUUGUCCUAUCACUCGUCAGAAUCUGCAAAACACCAAGCUACCUAAGACAAAUUAUGUGCUCAAAAGACUAGUUGCUAGCUGGAAAGAACACAAUCCCAGCUCAGCCCCGCCAACAUGCGAGAGUCCAUACAAAGAUAACGAGGAAGACGUAAAGACAACAAUGCCUUCGGCUUCUCCUAAUAGUGUCAUAACACAAGCCACCAUUGAUGGGAUGGUUAGUGAGUUACGUUGUGCAAUCAAUAACCUGUACAUGUCAGAGAUUCUCCAGGAAUCUGAAAUGGCGGUUCUUCAAAUUGAUAAAUUGUGGAGAGGAGGGAAUCUGGGAGUGGAUAUCCAUAGCAUGCUAUCAAAACCUCCAAUAAUUAACGGGUUUGUGGAGAUACUUUUCAAUUCUGUUGAACCCCAUGUGCUACAGGCAGCAGUUUUCCUUCUGUCCGAGAUGGGCUCUAGAGACAAUGCUGUUAUUCAGACUCUCACGCGUGUAGACACUGACGUUGAAUGUAUAAUGGCUCUUUUCAAGAAAGGGUUGACAGAGGCUGUUGUGCUAUUGUAUCUCCUAAACCCUUCCCCUGUGACUCUUACUGAGAUGGCCAUAGUGGAGUCCCUCAUAGAAGUUUUUAGUCAGAAAGAGGAAGACUUGGUUAAGAUGUGUUUAAAUCCCACAACAGCUGCAGUUCUUCUACUGGCACAGAUUAUCGGAAGCAGUGAUGAGACAAUUGCGUCUUCAGUUGUCAAGACUUUGUUCUCUGAAAAAGCCAUUGGAGCUAUUGCUGGCAGUUUGGGAGCUGAAUGGGCAGAAGAAAGGAUCGCUGCAGUGGAGAUCUUAUUGAGAUGCAUGCAAGAGGAUGGGACUUGCAGAAACACCAUUGCUGAUAAAGCAGAGCUGUCUCCUAUUCUGGAAACCUUCAUCUGUGCAACUGAUGUAGAGCGUUUCAAGAUUGUUGAAUUUUUUUCUGAAUUGAUCAAACUAAAUAGGAGAACAUUCAAUGAACGAAUCCUCCACAUUAUAAAGGAAGAAGGACCUUUUAGCACCAUGCAUACUCUUCUUAUUCAUUUGCAGACAGCCCUUCAAGAUCAAUGUCCAGUCAUGGCCGGUCUCUUACUCCAACUUGAUCUUCUGGUGGAACCAAGAAAUAUGAGCAUAUACCGUGAAGAGGCGAUAGAUACUCUUAUUUCAUGCCUGAAGAACUCAGAUUUCCCUGCUACCCAGUUAGCAGCUGCUAAUACGAUCAUGUCACUGCAAGGGAGGUUCAGCUUCUCUGGAAAGCCUCUUAUCAGAGAAGUCCUUCUUAAACGUGCAGGUAUUGACAAAGGUCCCAGAAGUGAUGUACAGGUGGAUCAUAUGAGCAACUUCUUCUCAGAAAUCGAAAUAACACCAGAAGAAGAGAAGGCGGCAGAUGAUUGGGAAAGAAAAAUUGCAUCUGUUCUAGUUAGCCACGAGUUUGGUAUAAUUUUUGAAGCUUUGGCAGAUGGCAUGAAGAGCAGAAUUCCAGAACUACGUUCAGCGUGCUUUAUAUCAGCUACGUGGCUCAUAUACAUGCUGACCGUUCUACCAGAUACAGGGAUACAAGGAGCAGCCCGUGUCUGUUUGCUAAAGCAGUUUGUAAAUAAAUUAAGCUCAGCGAAGGGCGUAGAACACAAAAUCCUUUCUUUGCUUGCUCUCAAUAGCUUUCUUCAUUUCUCUGACGGUGUACGUGAUCUAACUGCUUCCUACGCUAAGGAUAUCUUAAAAGGUUUGAGAGAGCUAAAGAGAUUCUCUCCCUUGGCAUCUGAAAUGCUGAAAGUUCUAGUUGAUGAGAAUGACCCUAAAACAGAAAUUUGGAGACAUAAAGAGCUAAUCCAAGAAGAUUGCAGAGAGAAUGGAGAAGUGUUGUCUGUCAUUUGCUUCAAGGAUAAAAUUAUUUCAGGCCAUACAGAUGGAAGCAUCAAGGUCUGGACAUUAAAGGAUAACUUAUUACUUCUGUUGCAAGAGAUCCAAGAACAUGUUAAGGCUGUGACAACCUUGACAAUUUCAGAAUCUCGUGACAGACUUUACAGUGGUUCACUUGAUCGAACUGCAAAGAUCUGGUCUAUUGGAAAAGAAGAAAUACAUUGUGAGCAGGUGAACGAUAUGAAGGACCAGAUUCAUAAUUUAGUUGUAACCAAUAGCACAACUUGUUUCAUUCCGCAGGGGACUGGUAUCAAGGUUCAGUCAUUGAAUGGAGAAUCCAAGUUGUUAAAUUCUAAUAAAUAUGUGAAGUGUUUGGCUCAUGCACAUGGAAGAUUAUACUGUGGAUGCCACGACAGUAGUGUUCAGGAGAUACAUUUGGCCACUGGAACUAUCAGUAAUAUUCAAAGUGGUUAUAAAAGAUUACUUGGGAAAGCAUAUCCUAUUCAUGCAAUGCAAAUUCAUGGUGAACUUGUAUAUGCAGCUGGCUCUUCCUUGGACGGAACUUCGAUAAAGAUAUGGAACAAUUCCAAUUACAGUAUGAUUGGAUCACUGCAAACUGGAUCAGAAGUGCGGGCUAUGGCAGUAAGUUCAGAAUUAAUUUAUCUUGGGUGCAAGGGAGGUGCUGUAGAAAUUUGGGAUAAGAAGAAACUCGUUAGUUGGCACAUUACAGUUGGGUACAAACUGUAAGGUUAAUUGCAUGGCUCUAGGUAGCAAUGAAGAAAUUUUGGUGAUUGGAACUUCAGAUGGCCAAA